CAGCAGGAAAAUUUGGUGUCAAGUCACAUGAAGGAAAGUCGCGCAAUUUUUGCCGGAUUUUUCGUGGAAAAAGCACACAAGACAGGAUAAAAAGUGAAUAAACAUGUGCAGUGGAGCUGUGCGAUGCGUUAUGGUGUACUUGCCGGGCAGUCAGUGGUUGGGGUGGCGUGGAAAUUAGUAGACAAACAUUGAGUGGAUCUAAGACUACUGGGAGUACCCAUUUUCUUCCAUAGUUAAAGUAAACGGUAGUGUGUUCCCUAGGCGGACGUAGUAAUAUCUAUGGAAAAGUGCAGGCGAUCGGUGCCGGACAUGCUGCCGCUGAACAUUCGGAAGGACUCUCCGGGCGCCCAACCAGACGCUGUGGCUGCUGUGGGGCAGCCCAGUGCCUCACCAGGAGAUGGUAUGGUCUAUGAGCCUCGAACUACACAUGAGAGCUUUCUGGGGAUUGCCAUCCGCACGCCUAGCCUCACAAUAAUCCCAAAGGGCAGUGCGGGAACAUCUUCAAAUGUCCAGGAUCACCAUUCCGACGAUCAAAAGGCCACCGUAGAGAUUAAAGUGCCACACAUCAAGCAAAUCCAGUCGCUUUCACUCGUGGAUGGCCAGGAAGAUGCAAUGAGCCCCACAGCAUCCAAGGAAACAGAAGGUCGCGCCCAAAAUGUGACGCCGCUGGAGAACUGUAUGAGCAUAUUAUCCAAAGUGCCACCUGAAGUAACCAUAAGUGACUGUGGUGAUGAGAAUUCUGCAAUGGAUUAUCGAUCUAUGCGUCAAACUUUCACGCCACCAUUGCCUAACUUGACUCUCAUCCCACAAACGACGCAUCAAGAGGAUCACACGGCACAGAAAGUACGCCAGGAUCAGGAUGUGGUGAACUUCAAUAAUGGUACAAAUCUCCAGAUCAUCCCGCAGUCUGUGGUCGGUGGCGUUGUAGAGUUGGAUGAACUACUGAAGCCUUACAAGUGUGAGCUGUGUGAUAGAGCGUUCAGGACGCAAGAAAAUCUGGCGACGCACAAACAGCAGCGUCAUGAUGGAGCAAAAGGUCUGAAUAUUAAGUACAACUGCAAACCGUGCCGAAGGACGUUUACAAAUCGCCAGGAGUGGCGAGUACACGUGAGUUCAGCCAGCCACAAGAAGUUGAACAAGGAGCCAGCAGAUUCGGAUGAUGAUGUGCUGAUCAUUGAAGAAACACCACCGCCCAAGGAGACCAGCUCUAGUGUGUUGAAAGCCGAGAAGCCUUUUGCAUGUGCCCUCUGCGGUCGUCGCUUUCGAUCACCUGAGAAUCUAAAGCACCAUGAGAUGGGACACUUGAAGCCGCAACAAUCAAAAGCACAAAUCUAUGAUACUGUUUUCACAUCAACAAUGUCACAAAUGGAAGCGUAUCAGGCGAAAUAUGAGACUAGCGGAUGGCAGUGUCCAGUUUGUGACACUCUAAUCUACAAGAUUGAAGAAUACAAUACUCAUAUGUUGCUCCACUAUACAAAUAUGCCAUAUAAAUGCCGAGACUGCCCUGAGAUGUUCACUACGGCAAUCGCCAGGGAUACUCAUUAUCAGAAGAUACAUGCAAAUGGGAUGAUUGGAGCACUGACACCCUUCGUGACUCUGCACAAAGUGCUACCGGAGAGGGAAAGGAGUGACUCGAGUGAGAUGGAGCUGAUGAGGCUGGAAGAGAUGGAGAAUUAUGCCCAACAAAUGGGGGAAAUGCGUCCAUUUGAGUGUUUAUUGUGCAAGAAGCGCUUUCAGGAGAAGCGUGUAUUUGAUUAUCACACUCAGCUGCAUCGUGGUGAGAGACCAUACAGUUGCCAGUGUGGGAAGUAUUUCAGAAAUUUGCAAAAUCUUCAUCAGCAUGAGCAGACACAUCGACAGAAUAAUGAUCUAUCGAUUAUAAUGCAGCAAAUUCCAAAUAGUAUCUCUGUCAUUCCCCAAAAUAGGCAGCCGAUCUUGAAUAAUGGAAUGGAUUUACUGGUGGAAGGAAAGCGUCAGUUACGUUUGGAUGAGGAGGAUCCGGCACUGAGACUGAUGAAUACCAAUGGCGAAGAUAGGGAGAAUUUAAAGUGCGCCAUGUGCGAUGAAGAACAGCCGAACAGGAUGGUGCUGAAGCAGCACGAACUGUGGCAUGGUAGAGAUGGUGAAUUCAAGUGCAAUGUGUGUGGAAAGGGCUUUAGCUCAUUGGUCGGGAUAAAAAUUCACAAGAAAAAGCAUAUAAACGACAGUCUGGCUGAGCAAGCAGGCGUUGUGGAAAAAGAGUUUGAUGGGAUUAAAGAAUCUGAUCUGUUCACAGAAGACGAAGACAGUUCGGAUGAGAGACGCUUUAGUUGUCGCGUGUGCAAGAAGAGAUUCAAAUCAAAACAGGCGAUUCCCUAUCAUAUGCUAGUGCACACGGGAGAGACGCCAUUUGUGUGUGAGGUGUGCGACAGGGGCUUCCGAUCGUUGGCCAGUUUGAGACUGCAUCAAAAAAGACAUGCCAACGGAUAUGUGGAAGAGCCGAGAGUGGAAUCGAUGGAGAUUGUGCCUGAUAUAUCUCUGGAUAGUGAUGAGGACAUGCAACCCUCAGUUAGUGAUCUGUGCGCGGUGGUGAUGAUGGAGCCUGAAGUGUUGAUUGAAGAGGAGGAGGACAUAAAACCUAUUUUGCAACCGAGACGUCCGUAUGUGAGCCGAAAGAGGCCCAAUGAUGAGAUAUUCAUCAAAGGUGUGAGAUUCUUCGUGUGUCAUCUCUGUCCGAAGAGAUUCAAGAGCAGAGCAGCACUGACUUAUCACUCAGCCACACAUGAGCGGGUGAAUAAGUGUGAAGAAUGCGAUAAGACUUUCACGAGUCGCAUGAGACUCAAGAGGCACUACAAAUCUCGGCAUCCAGGAGCUCAGGUGCCGUGUUCAUCUGCUCCGAAAAUCGGGUCGCCACCGGGUGGACAGCAAGAAUGUAAACUACUGAUGGAAGCUGAUGAUGAAACAGAUGAGCCGGCAGUGUUUAAUUGCACGGUGUGUGAUAGAUCCUUCAGGACGAAUCACAGUUUAGUGCUUCACAAGAAGUACAAUCAUCCAGAGGAUGUUGAGAUGAAAUUUGAAUCACAAUUCAGUAUAAAGCAGGAGUAUGAUAUGAAUGUUCCUGAAGAAGUGAAACUUGAUGAUCCACUGACUUGUCGUGUCUGCCAGAAGACGCUAAAGUCAAAAGCGGGCUUUGAGUAUCACAUGAUGAUUCACACCGGUGAAAAGCCCUACGAGUGUCAGUACUGUGGCAAGGAGUUCCGCAGCUACAACUAUUACAAGGUGCAUGAGAGCCAACACGAGAGGAAUGUCUUCAAGAGGCGAGGACGUCCGAGGGUCAAUGAUAAGGUGUGUGGGGUGAACGUUAAUGACAUGGAUCUGGAUUUUACGCCUAAUGAUCGUGGAUUAUUUGAAUGUCGCGUGUGCGGAAAGGAGUUCAAGAGUCGCCAAGGAUUGCCGUAUCAUAUGGCGUUACAUGUGAAGAAUAGGAUUUUUCGGUGUCUCGUGUGCAAUCUUAGCUUCAGAAAUCUGAAUAGGUUUCAGUUUCACAAUCUCCUGACACAUGCGGAGCCGAAGAAGGAAAAGCAAACUGAGGAAGAGGAUCCCAAUAUUGAGGAGAGAAAGCAGAUUGGAAUCGUGAUCAAAAAUGAGCCUAUAGAUGAUAUGACGGGAGAGUCGAAAGAUGAGAACAAUGGAGAAUCCUCGUCGGCGGAAAAGCCAAAGGCACUCAUCAAGAAACUCCCUGACUUGCCGGAUGGAUCACUGCAGUUUCAGUGUGUCCUGUGUCAAAGGAUAUUCCGCAGUGUCCAGGCCAGCACGUAUCAUAUGAUGGUGCACACAGGAGAGAAGCCUUUUCGCUGCAAUGUGUGUAACUAUGGCUUCCGCUCACAAGCGAAUCUGAAGAGGCAUCAAUGUGGGGUGUUUAAGCCGCGAGCAGGACGUCGAUCGCGCUACGAUGGCACAGGUGAGUUCGUCGGAGAUGCAUAUCAGAGUCAGCUGGUAGCAUGGAAGACACUGGCGGACAUGAUAAAUCUCAAGUGUCGCAAAUGCGAUCAACCCUUCAAAAGUCGACCAGCUCUGAUGUACCACUGUAUGAUUCAUACGGGUGAGAAGCCGUACAAGUGCGAAAUCUGUGGAAAGCACUUCCGUUCCAUGACAAAUCUUAAUCUGCAUCAGCGAUAUCACGAGAGGGAUGGUCAUGUGGAUAGAGAGACAUAUUUGGCGGCCGUCAAGGUGAAGAAGGAGGAGAUAAAUGAGGAACAAAGUGGCCAAGACGGGGAAGUAGUGGAUCUGGACACCAUUCCUGAGUGUGGCAUUUGCAAGAAGACCUUCAGAACGGUUGGAUACAUGAGACAACACCAGCGAAGAGCGCACAGAAUGCGCUUCCAGAACGACAAGACACCACCUUAUCCUCUAGAGGGCGAAGAAGAAUUUGAUUUGCCAGAGGUGAAGCUGGAGUUUAUCGAUGGUGGCUACAAAUGUCAUGAGUGUGGGAAGAGUUUCCCCACAAAAGGCGGAUAUGUGUAUCAUUCGUACACUCACAGUGGCGCCAGGCCAUACAAGUGUCGUCGUUGUUCGGCACAGUAUCGCUCCAGUGGUAAUCUGAAGUAUCACGAGAAGACUGUCCACAAGAUUCAUCAUACGUACGGAAGUCGUAGGGCGAGGCGUCGCAGGAGGCAUAUGAGAGCAGCUGGCAAAUCUGACGGGGAUUUGAAGCUCUUUCUGUCACGCAUUGAUGGAAAGCAAUUCAAGAUUAGUCGACCUGUGCCUGAGGAAACGGCAUCAGGCAUUAAUCCGGAAGAGGAACCGGGGAAUGUCUUUGAAGAUGAUGAUAUGGACGAAGGAAAAUCCAGUCCUGAACUGAAUCUACCUAAAUUGUCCACCAUUCUCCAGCCGGUGCUCAUCAGAGAACUUCCGGAAGGGGAGAAUAUCACCUCAAUUGCACUGGAUGACUUUACAGAGACACCUGAACUGGAGACUCUGACCAGUAAUUUUGAUGAUGAUGCCUUUCUCGAUGUGUCUGCCAACUACAAGGCAGCUGAAUUGGAGCAACUCACGGAGAAUCUCGAUGAGCCGCGUGAAGAGGACAUUCUAGGGGCGGAAUAGGUUCUUGUACAUAUUCGAUGCGAGGACAAUAUUGAAGGGAGGAAAACAUUUUGCAUAUUUGUCAUAAUAAUUAUAAAUUAUUACUGAUAAACAAGUAGAGAAGGCAUAAAGUAACAUUUUAUAAAACUUUUAAAACCAUACUAUAUGAAAAUCAUUGUAGAAUUUAUGUGUAUACCCUUUAGAGAGUAUUUUCAAAUAAAAAAUAAAUAGAGAAAA